AUGCGCGUUCCUGGCGACGAAGCGCACAUCGAAAUCGGUCUGGCUGAUCUGUUUAUCGCCGCAGCGCCGGCUCUGCAGCUUCUUUCUCUCCACAACGUCAUCUACGUGCCGCAGUGCAUGAUCUACCUCAUCGAAGGCCUGGAACUGUCCAUCGUGAACGAUAUCAUGUCCACUCCGCAUCGCGCGAUCAUCCAGGCGCUCCACACAAUCUACGCCUCCAUCGAUCCUCGCUUCAUGCAGAGCAUUCUCGCCGGUGUCUCCAGCCACAACCCCAAGUAUCUCGACAUCCUUUAUCAGUGGUGUCCUGAAUGGGCCGCGCCGCGCUACUGCCACCCUGCUCUGCAAGCGAACAAGCAGGUUGUUGAGGGGAGAGCAGAAAUCCAGAACGUGCCAAUGCAAGCAGAACAAGUGGCCGGACCGAGCGUCGCGGUGGACGGCUGGACGAUUUAUUGGAACAAGGUGAAGGAGGCGCAGCAGAAGGGGCCUGCCGGCUUCCUGGAGAGUUUGGAAUACGUUUCGAUCAUGCGAGCCUACGAAACGAACCAGUCGCGUCAGCAAAUGCUCGGAAACUACUUAAUGGCGACGCUUCUGCCCACGAUCAGCGCGUAUUAUCUCCCUCAGCUCGGCUCGAAUAAGCAGUUCGUGUUCACCGAUGUGAUUCUGGCCAACGCGUCCAGCGUGCUGCAAGUGAUUCACUACGUCUCUUCGCUCUGCCCGCAAGAGGCCAAUUAUCUUCUCCACACGACCGACAUGGUGCAGCAGUUGCUCGCAGCCGUCAAGCAAACGCAGAAGGACGCCGCCUUCGUCGCUUCCAUCGAGCAGCAAGCCGCGCAGCUCUUCUCUCUUCCUCCCCAAUCGCUAGCAGACUCGUAUUCAGCCAUUUUACAGCCCGGACAGCAACAGCAACAGCAGCAGCAACAAGUCGAUCCCAACGAAACGCCCCGCGUGACGUUUAUGUUGCCCGCGGAGAGGACGGAUGUGACGUUCGGGAACGUGAAGGGCUAUGAGCAGCAAGCGGAGGGUGCUGGGCCGAAGGAGAGAGCAGAGAGCAUGCUGCUGUCUGUGCGGAGCGAGGAGCUGGUGUUCCCGGAUGUGAAGGUGCCGGAGGGAGAAAUGGACUCGCAGACUACGAGAUUGCAGAUGCUGGGAAUCGCUGGAUCGGCUAUUGGGUCGGUGUCGAAGGCGAAUCUGGCGGAGUUGGAGCAGUCUUCCAAAUUCCAGCAAAUCGAUACUUCCUCAGAGGUUCAGUCAGCGAACCUGCAGCCAGCUCAACAGGAGGCAGGAAAGACGGAGAGCCAGCAGCCAGUUCAACAAGAACUGGUUCAAUCUGUUAAUCAAGAGCCAGCCCAACUAACUCAGCCAAUGAAUCUGCAGCCAACUCAGCCAUCUCAACCAGCUCAGCCAAUGAACCAACAGCCAUCUCAACCAUCUCAACCAGCUCAGCCAGCUCAACCAUCGACCCAACAGGUCAAUCAGCCAGUAAACCAACCCUCUCCAAACGGCGGGGAUGCAGAAGACGAGGGAGAAGAAGUGGCUGAAAAGCCCCCAAAGAAGGAAGAAGCCAAGUCCACUUACACUACGCAGAUGCCUGAACUUCCUUCCGUUCCAACCUCUCUUCCUCAAAUACAGCGCGCAACAAACAGCGAGACGCAACCUGAAUUCGAAUAG